AUGCCACUGCUUGAUCUACCAAAUGAGUUGCUCCGGGAUAUAUCGGAAUACCUAGAAUCCGAGAGAGAUAUCAACGCCGUUGCACAGGCCAACCGCCCCCUUUACGGUCUUCUAAAUAGCUACCUCUACCGCUACAAUGUACAACAAUCUGGAAGCUCAGCGCUGUUGUGGGCUGCCAGACAUGACCAAGAGGCGACGGCGCAAAAGUCGCUGAGGGAAAAAGCCAAUAUACAGGCCACAAAUGAUGAUGACGACGAGGCACCGCUGUUGUUGGCGGCAGAGAAUGGGCAUAAGCAGGUAGUAAAGCUGCUGGUUGACAAGGGCGCCGACGUCAACGCGCAGGGUGGACGCUACGGCAACGCACUCUACGCGGCUUCGUACAGAGGCCACGAGGCGGUGGUGAGGCAGCUACUCGACAAAGGCGCUGAGAUCAACGCGCAGGGUGGAUACUUCAGCAACGCACUCCAGGCGGCUUCAGAUGGAGGCCACGAGGCGGUGUGGUAUGGGGUGCCAAGUCAUCAUGAGGGAAAUGGAUGCAUGGCUGGCUGA